GGCCGCGGCGCUGCGCGCAUGCGGCGGCGGCGCCCAUUGGCGGCGGCGGCGCCGCGUUCCUGGAAAGUUCUUGGAAAUGGAUCAGAGGCGUUUCCGCGCGCGCGCCGCGGCGGUGGCGGCGGCCGCAGCAGCAGCGGGGGCAGCGCCGGCCGCGCCUGCCCGCAGCCCCCGCGCGGCCCCGGGGGGCGGGAGCCCCCGCCGCGCCGGGCCGGGCCGGGCCGGGCCGGGCUGGCAGCGGGGCGGCCAUUAGGGCAGCGGCUAUUUAUACUUCUUUUUUUUCCCCGGGUGCGUGCGCGCGUGUGUGUGGCUGAUAUCGGAAGAGUGAUGUGACUACAAUGCGAUUCCAGGAAUCCCUCGCUUCCUGGAACAGAUUAAAAGGGGCACACAAAAGAUUACUUAGUAGGUGUGUUUUUUUUUUUUCCCCUCAGAGCUUCAUUACUUCUGGAGGCAGCGGAGCCGCACGGUGCUGCUCUCCCGGCUCUUCUCCCGUGCGCUUGGCGGGGAUACUAUUUAUUGCUAUUUAUUAUUACUUCAGACUGCUCUGAGUAUUUUUUUUUUCUGAGAGAUUGCUCUGCUGGAAGAUUAGUUCCUCUUUUACGUACAUGUAGUUUCCCUUUUCUGUUUUCUUUUUUUAAAAAAAACUUUGUUUUCUGGAAAGCAGAACAAGAGCACGUUAUAUUUCCAAGCACUGAGAGCGCACACGUUCGCCCGGCCGAGAGCCAGCCGGCGAAGUCCCGCUCGCGCAGCCCCAGCCGCCGCCUGCGGGCUCCCUCCGGGCCGACCCGGCACGCGGCCGCGACCCUCCGGCCCGCUUCUGCUGCGACCCCCUGAGCGGAGGCCGGGGCGAGCUAGCUCCUCCUGGGAAGCGAGGAGAAAGGAGACGAGCGGGAAGGAAAAAAGAAGAGGAGAAACCAUUCCCCCACCUUCUGGAAGACUUAAUGCUUUUCCCGUGGUCCAGGAGUGACAUGGUCCUCUGUGUGCAGGGACCUCAUCCUUUGCUGGCGGACGAGAAGAUCAGGAGACUGUCACUCAGGGGCAUUGCAGUGGAUUUGUCAGAGCAGAUCAUGCAGCCUCUCCCAGUAACAGCCUUCCAGGAAGAGUCUGCACCUGUCUUCGCAGCGCCUGUUCCAGACAGCAACCCACCUCAGAUGCGAGACCCUGAAGAAGACCUUCUCUGCAUUGCAAAAACCUUCUCCUAUCUGCGAGAAUCUGGUUGGUACUGGGGGUCUAUCACUGCCAGUGAGGCUAAGCAGCAUCUCCAAAAGAUGCCUGAGGGCACCUUUCUGGUACGGGACAGCACCCACCCCAGCUACCUGUUCACACUCUCUGUCAAGACAAAUCGAGGUCCCACCAAUGUGCGCAUUGAAUACACUGACAGCAAGUUCCGGCUAGACUCAAACUACUUGUCCAAACCCCGCAUCCUGGCCUUCCCAGAUGUGGUCAGUCUCAUCCAGCAUUACGUCAUGUCCUGCACAAUGGAAAGCAAGAAUGAGGCUCCUUACCCACCUCCAUCUCCUCUACCUCCCAUGCAAAAAGAGAUGGCGGCAGCCGCAGUACACUUGAAACUCAUCCGGCCGCUCAGCCGCAAAGACAACAUCCCCAGUCUACAACACCUGUGCCGGCUACGGAUUAACAAGUCAACAGCCGAAGUGGACCAGCUCCCUCUGCCCAGGCGGAUGGGAGACUAUUUGAAGCAAUACCCUUUCCAACUCUGAGGCACGGCCAUUAUGUCUCAGGCACAACAGUCACAGGGACAGAAAUAAGAGAACUUCGGUGUGUUUUCGUCCCGCUAAAGCGUGUCAUCAGGUGGACACAGUAAAGACCUGAUUAUCAGCAGAGAUUGCAUCCAUCUUUCCUCUCCCCUUCUCUCUAAAUCCAUUCCAGCACCAGGGAGGAGUUGGUUGUUUCGGUGAACAGUGGGACACAAUCUGAGCUCUGAACCUCAGGCCGCGCCAACAGUGGCUGUGAGAAAGUGCUAUAGGCAUGUGCACACUACUUGAAAUUCAGAGUUGCUGUGACACCAGAAAUGUUAACAUUGUUAUUUUCGCUAUUUAUUUCCAUGGCAGUUUCUCUCCUCAUGGUAUUUUAAAAGCACCUUUUACUGUUUUUUGUUUCUUUUUCUUUUGUGGAAUUAGAGGUAGAAUAAAGGCUCCCAGCCAAAUGGCAGCCAAAAAUCUGUGGGAAUUUGGAUUUGGUUUCACAUCCAAAUAGUACUUGCUUGAACCUGUCCCUGUAACAGGUCACCCAAGAGUCCACAUCCAAGCUCCCCCAGACUUCUGGGGUAGUCAAGACUCAGAUGACAGCGUCUGGGCCCACCUCUACAGUGUAUAAGAUAUUUUCUUUUUUCCUAAGCUAUAUGGGGGCUGGGCAUCGUAACCUCAAAGCACAUUGGUAGCAGCUUGUACAUCUCUCAGAGAUGCUUGCUGUGCCAUAAGUGGUGGACGGGAGACUUUUGGAAGGAGCCCUUCUUCCUUGAUAGCUCUAAUCAGCGAUUCUGGAUAUCGAGCUUGGGCCAGGGAGCACUCAUCCCAUUUUUUUCCAUCCUCCUCAUCUCAAAAGGAAAUUUGUAAUAAAACCUUUACAACCAAGUAAUCAGAAAACCAGCUUUACUUGUGGGCAGAGGGAUUUGGUCUGAGAGCACUUUGGCUUGUGUUUUCAAAGUGCUGUUCUCUGACAUUGCCCUUGCCUUGCGAGAUGCAGGGUAGGAACGGUGUUUCCUUGACCGAGGUUCAGACAGCUCUGCUGAACUGCAUCAGCGACAGACAGCUUCAGGAUAUUUAUUUAUUUAUUUGUGGGAGGAUAAGAAAUUAUAAGCACCUCAGUAGAAAGAGCUGUCCUUCCUCUCUGCUACAGUUUCAAAGUGCCAGUUGCUCUGCUUCUCCCAGUACUAUUCACAAGCCAUACGGCUUCAACCAGAACUAGGUUCUAGCACACACUGGGAAUCACAAUUUAGCUUUUUUCUCUUUGCCAAGGUCCAGACCUCUCUUCUCCCUUUCUCAGACUUACAUGUUUGUUAUUUUCAAUUAGAUUUUUGCUGUGGGUUUGCUUCUCACACCCCAUUCCUUCCACACCCCUGCAAACAAGUACAGUGGAGCUCCCUUGCUCUUUUGAGGACGGAAAAGACAAAGAGCAAAUGAGAUCUGCCAAAAAAAGCAAGCGUAGACAGGGAGGCUGCUCCUUCCUCUUCACUCACAUGAUCCCAUCACCUCCCCAGUCUGUGGGAGCCAGUCCGUGCCAUUGAGGGAUGGGAAGAGACAGGUCUAAGGAAGUCACCCUUUGGCUUCUUCUCUUGCCCCUAAGACCCCAUAAUUUUAGCAUGCAUGAACCACCUUAACUUCAUCCCUCCCUGGAACACUCUCUCUAAGGCUCUGUGAAUUAGAGGAAACAAAUCCCAGCUAUACCUGACAGCUGAGAGAGGAGGGGGAAAAAGAUGGGACAGUGACCCCAGGAGACAAGCUCAAAAAAUGGUGGAGUUUCCUCCACCCUAAGUUAAAGCUGCCCAAAGGGACAACAUGACCUGAUGUGUUUAGUCAGUGUCCUUUUUUUUUUUUUUUUCCACAUUUAUAUAAGUUUGUGGUCUUGCAAGCUUUGUUUUUGAUACUUUGAUGAUUGACAGCAUGCAUGUGUGAUGUCAGGUUUGCUUUUUACCGUAUCCUAUCCCCUUGCUCUGUAUGGCAGCAACUGUGGGAAGGUACUGAAUGAAAAUGAAAAAUUAAAAGGCUAAACAAAAACAAAACUUUUUUUUAAAAAAAGAAUAUAAAACAAAACCACUGAAAAGGCUUCCUUUUAUCCAAACACCUCUAUCUGCCUGAGGACACUGGGAACAAGGAAACCACAGCUCUUUGAGGAGCAACAGUGAUCUCAGGAAGCCCACAUGGCUUAGCCACAGGCUUGGUAUCUACAGCAUGUGGAGACUCAGUCAGUCCGAGAAAUGUGCAUCAGGAAAGGGCAAGUUGUUCAGCUUUCUGAAACUUCCCUCCCACCUGAUCUUUUCUCUGCUGGGCAUAAUGAGGAAAUCAAACCUGCAGGUUUGACCUCCUUGCCCCAGGAGAGCUUGGCUAGGAUGGCAGAUGUGUGUAAGGAGAAUGAACAUGUGGGUAAUCCGGCAGCAGGACGAUGCAGAGGCUGGGCUGAAGGCUGUGAGCUCACAUGGGCAGGGACCAUCUCUGUUGUAUGUUUGUACCGCAUCUAGCACAAUAGGGUUCUCUAGGUGCUACUGCAAUACAAAGAAUAAAUAAUACAGUUACUCUAAAAAGUCAGUUUCUUCUAUCUUGAGACAGUUUGUUAAAAUCAUUUGACUUGGAUUUUAAAUAAACAUUUUAAAUAUAUUGUAAA